AUGGAAAACAACAGUGACCAAGAAUUUCGUUUCUUCCCCCAGCUUCCCACCGAGUUGCGGUUAGCCAUCUGGCGGGAAUGCCUUCCACACCGUGUGGUAGAAAUAGACAAUGCGUGGGACGAGGGCGCCUAUUUACUUCUCACGCCGCCGCCGUGCAAGCUACAGCAAACAACCGAUAUCAACCGACACCCGCCGGUCAUCAGCCGGUUUUGGAGCGACGGCAGUGCGCUUGACCAUCUCGCAUGGAAUGCGGCUCAGGUUGGGGGGAGGGGGUCUUUUAUGUUUGAUUAUCUUGAUAAUAAUUUUGAUGGAGAGGUAGACAUGGAAGACAGGGUUGGGGCCUUGCAGAAACUACAACAUGGGGCUAUUGCAAUGCGUAUUAUUGUGGUGCAUACCACGUUUCAGAAUGCCGCACUAACAGGCUUAUUUGGACUCCUCGGUGAUGCACCUAUUCAGCUUGUCGAUGUGUCCGACGAGCCAAGACUAUAUGCUUUCUUUGAUUUUGCAGAGAAAUGCGACUCUGACGCCAAGGGAUUCACAAAGCGGCAAGGCUUCCAUAGAGAUUCUUCAGAAACGGUCAAGAGCAUCCUGAAGGAAAAGCUCGCCGAAACAUUCGGAGCCCGAGCUGCCCAGACACUGCCUCAAAUUUAUCCCGCCAUCAUGUUCAGACUUUGCACACGUCUAUGCAACCGUCCUUUCGGAGGCUUUCACCGUACUCGGGAUAUCUGCAAGGAUAGCAUUGAUAGAUCGAGUCCAUAUUGA